AUGUACAUGCUGGAGGGGAUAUCGAGAUGGAACAUGGGCCGGGCCAAGGAGGCAGUAGAUGUGGAGGGGGCCUCCACCCUAAGAAGCUUCGAUGUUCGCUUGAUUUCCCACCUUAACAACUUGAGCCAGCGCGUCCAUGGUGGUGCUCUGGUGCCAGAGUUCACCCCACCCGGGAAACCCACUGGCGAGCGCAUAGCAGUGGAAUAUUUAUUGGCCCAGACCAACCGAGGUGACCUGCUGGCUCCAUGGCAGGUCUCUGAAAUCCCCUGGCAGGUGUUGGAGGAGGAGGACGAGCCAGAUGACACCAUCAGCAUGCCUGACAUGGUCUGCCAGUCAGCUGAGACAGGGGCUGCUGAUCCUCCAAGUGCUGUACAGGGGGACACUGAAGCUGGACCCCUCGUUACAGAGACCAGCCAACGUGACUCCAGGGGCGUUUUGGGAUGGGAAGCAGUUGAUGCCCUUGCAGCCUACCUUGUGGACCUGAAUCGUACCAUCACCGCCUUGUCAGCCAAGGAGGAGGCAGAAAUAGUCCACCGGUACACAGCUCUCCACGCCAUGGACAAGACACCUUCAAGAUACACCCAGAAGGCUAAAAAGAAAGCACGUGCUUCUGGAGGACCGUGGAGAGCACCCAGGAAGCCGAGUGGCUCUGCUCCUGGACAGCAGGCGGCCGAGAGACUGUACAUGACUCACGGCCAAGCAGCCCAGGACCCGGAAGCACACAGGGUCAGUGAGUGUGUUUGCCUCAGACUCGCCAAAGAGUUUGAGCAGCCACGCAACAGGCCAAAGGACACAAAGGGGAAAACCAUGCCCAUCCCUCAGUCCAUCGUCAGCGUCUACAGCCACAUCAGGCAGUUGCUGGAGGACAGCAGGGCUGUCCUGGACCAGACAAACCUGGUUCUGGUGCCGGUUAACAACACCACAGUCUCUUCAUGGCUGCUUAGGAGGGAUAAGAGGAAGGACAGAGACAUGCUGCUGCAAGGCACUGUUCUUCCCAAACAGCUGCACCUGGCCCCUGAGCCUCUCCCUACAAUUCAGCAAGCUCCUCCUCAUCCACAUGCACCUCCUUCUCCUGAUGCCCCUCCAGAGAAGCCAGCUCCUCCAGAGUGCCCCCCAUCCCAGCCAAGACAACGUGCCUGGAGGCUAAAUAAAGCAGCCCAGGAGGAUGAGGAGCCAGUUUCAAGGGGGGAACCGCCACGGAAGAGGCUGGCAAAAGAAAAAUACCACUACACCUGCAAGGUGUGUGGCCAGGACAAGAGAAAAAGGACUGGACACACCCAGCUGAAGGGACGGUGGUAUUGUCCUGCCUCAGGACAGACCCAGGAUGACUGGAGGAAGAGUUUGUAG